UUCACGACGCGAUCAUAGCGUACCUUUGUACUGCCGCUUUUAGACCACUUCUAACAUCUUUUUCCUUCCGAGAUUCUGAAAUAUCAGGAAUAGAACGUUAGUCAACAACCUUGAGCCCACAUCAUUGAAAUCGGAACCUAAAAUCGAGGGAUAUUUAUUGCGCAUGUGGCAGAUAAAAAUCGAAAUCGGAAAAUUUGACCGGAAAUAUUCUCAAUCACUUGUUGGAAUGAUUUGCACAAUAUGUCAUUAGUUCUUGCCACUUCCAUACGACGCCUCAACUCCAUUUGCUUUCGUGUCUCCAACCACUUGCCAAUAAUUUGGCGGGAAUUUAAGAAAAUGGACAAGGAAACUAACACGGAAAAGAUCUUGGAGCCUGCCGGAAAGAAAGCAAAAAUUAUGCCUUCCGAAACAUCACUCAAUUCCUCAAAUACGGAGAAUGGUCACAGUAAACAUAAUGAUCGUGUCCUGAUGUUCCACAAACUGUCUGAGUUUGCUACAACCCCAUCAAGAGGAUCAGAUCAUGCAGUUGGGUUUGAUUUGUACAGUGCGCAUGAUUGUGAAAUUCCUGCUCAAGGCAAGGCUAUUGUUGCCACAGAUAUCCAGAUAAUGUUGCCCGAGGGCUGUUAUGGGAGAGUAGCGCCCCGGUCUGGCUUAGCUGCCAAGAGUCACAUUGACGUCGGCGCUGGAGUGAUUGACCGCGAUUAUCGAGGACCAGUUGGGGUCGUCCUUUUCAACCAUGCACAGCAAAUAUUCACAGUGAAACGAGGUGAUCGGGUUGCACAGUUGAUAUGCGAAAAGGCUUUCAUUCCCGAGAUAGUCGAGUCUACAGAUGUUUUGCCGGGAACGAAGCGGGGAGAGGCCGGAUUUGGCUCAACCGGGGGACACAAGUCUGUCGAAAAAGAUGCCACAGUGGAAAUUAAAAAAGAUGUUGGAGCAUCUGGUGAUUGUAAACAAACGGAAGUGAAAGCUGACUGACAUAGCUUGAACUGAUACGUAUGCUGCACAACAUGAUCAGUGCAACAGCCAUACAUGUACAAAGAACAUCGCCAUACUUGCAUUUGUUAUCAAAAUGGAGGAAAAAAUAGCUUUCAUUCCAUGUCAUAUCCAUGUACUUGGACAUACACAUUGUGUGUUCUCAUAAUAGGGAGGUUCCGCACCGCCUACGAUUACGAAUACGAUUACGAUUACGAUUUCGGAAAACGUAAUCGUAAUCGUAAUCGCGUCGAGAAGCAGCUAAAUUCAGUUCCGCAAAAAUACUCUUGAUGUCAUUCAAGAAACCCACGGCUCACGAACAGAGCGAAUUUGCAUUCCAAUUUCAUUGCAGUCAUGACGGUCUAAAACAGCUUUGGCCAUGAAAUUUGCAGGUCCUACGUCUGGAGUGCAUAGUCAAAAUAUAUUGUUUGUGAAAAACGUGACCCAGGAUACUUUGGAAGUGCAUGAAAUUGACGUUCUCGAUGAUCGUUUAUCACUUACGAAGAUUAGCCGCCAUCGUCGUAGAAACGAACCGAAUAUGCCGCAGACGAUUUCAGGGCUGAUGACGUUGCUGCAAAAAUUAAUGACGUCAUACACAAAUCGUAAUCGUAAUCGUAGGCGGUGCAGAACCUCCCUAAUCAUGUGUCUUAAAUACCCAAUGCGUUCCUUUCUUUCGUGAAAUUAUAAGACAUCAAGUCAGUUGUCCCACUUUGUGCUAGCAUCUUUCCCUGUUGACAAAAUAUACCUUAUUUUCCUA